GGAGAUGCAGACAGUGUGGAUUAGUUAUUAUCGGCACCCUCCCCAUCCUCCUGCCCCCAUCGCGGAUUAACCACCAUAGAGUCAUAGACCCCUGAAUGGCUGUCUCCACAUCCUCGUACUGUAGCUCCAGUUUUUGUCUGCGCGACUACGGUGGUUCUUUUUCUUCUUCUUCCCAAUUCGCUGCAGCUCCUCCCCCUUUUCGUAAAAAUAUAUACUACUGUUACAGAAGCGGUGGAAGAGGUGGACAGGUGCAUCCAGUUAGGAAGGAAUUUAUUACUAUCGCCACACCCCAUUUGGGCUGCUCCCACUCGUCCUCGAAUAUUAAAUAUGGAACUCAGAGCUUGCGUCGCUGUUCCACCGUACAUUCAUACCAUUUAAAGUCCAGGCUCCCGAGGAGGACGACUCACUACUUGGUCAACGAACGCUGUUCUUGGCUUCAUCUCCCAAUCUACCUUCAUCUUUUUCCUCUUUGUCGCCGAUUUCCUGGAUUUCCAAUCAUGACUGAUCCUUCCACCCACGGAUCUUCGGCUCUCUCGUCAAAGUCCUCUACUUUGACCACUUCUAAUUUCCUCCGCCAUGUCGAGUCUAUGGCUACGCUGCCUUCUGGUGCCGGAAAGAUUCCGAGAUUGAACGCCAUUGUCCUCGGAGAGGCACUUGCUUCUGAGGAGGAUGAUCUUGUAGUCCCAAGUCAAGAUUUUUCUGGAAACGCUCACAUCCCCUCCCCUGACAAAUAUCUGGAGAUGUACAAAAGGUCCAUUGCGGAUCCUGCGGGGUUCUGGUCCGACAUAGCGUCCCAGUUCUACUGGAAACAGAUAUGGGCUCAACCAGUUUACUCUGAGAAUCUCGACAUUCGAAAGGGGAGAAUAAACAUAGAGUGGUUCAAGAGUGGAAUUACCAAUAUCUGCUACAACUGUUUAGAUACCAACAUUGCAUCUGGAAAUGGCGAGAAGGUUGCCAUCUACUGGGAAGGGAACGAACCUGGCCGCGACGCCAGUUUAACAUACAAUCAACUCCUGCAGAGCGUUUGCCAGCUGGCAAAUUACUUGAAAGGAAUUGGCAUCCAAAAGGGAGAUGCUGUUUUAAUUUAUCUGCCCAUGCUCAUGGAACUGCCCAUCGCUAUGCUUGCUUGUGCUCGCAUUGGUGCUGUUCACUCGGUUGUUUUUGCUGGAUUUUCCUCUGAAUCCAUAGCGCAGAGGAUCAUGGAUUGCAAACCAAAGGUUGUAAUAACUUGCAAUGCUGUUCAAAGAGGGCCCAAGGUCAUCCAUUUAAAAGACAUAGUUGACACAGCACUGGCAGAAUCUUCCCAAAAUGGCGUGCUUGUAGAUGUGUGCUUGACCUAUGAAAAUGGAUCGGCUUUGAGUAAGGAAAGCACAAAGUGGGUUGAGGGAAGAGAUACUUGGUGGCAGGAUGUUGUUACUAAAUAUCCAACUACUUGUGAUGUGGAAUGGGUCGAUGCAGAGGAUCCGCUUUUCUUACUAUAUACAAGUGGAAGCACCGGAAAACCCAAGGGAGUCCUGCAUACAACUGGAGGAUAUAUGGUCUACACAGCCACAACAUUUAAAUAUGCCUUUGACUAUAAACCAUCAGACAUAUACUGGUGCACAGCAGACUGUGGUUGGAUUACUGGUCACAGCUAUGUUACUUAUGGGCCUUUGCUGAAUGGGGCAACUGUUGUCAUUUUCGAAGGGGCCCCUAAUUAUCCUCACCCAGGACGUUGCUGGGACAUAGUUGACAAAUACAAAGUGUCUAUAUUUUACACAGCCCCCACAUUGGUGCGAUCUUUGAUGCGUGAAGGAGACAAGCAUGUCACCCAAUACUCACGGAAAUCAUUGCGAGUUCUUGGCAGUGUUGGUGAACCUAUUAAUCCAAGUGCAUGGAGGUGGUUUUUUAAUGUGGUUGGGAACUCAAGAUGCCCCAUAUCUGACACCUGGUGGCAAACAGAAACAGGGGGUUUCAUGAUCACUCCCUUACCUGGUGCUUGGCCGCAGAAGCCAGGUUCUGCGACCUUUCCUUUCUUUGGGGCUCAGCCUGUUAUAGUGGAUGAGAAGGGUGUUGAAAUCGAAGGAGAGUGCAGUGGAUAUUUGUGUAUUAAGUGUUCUUGGCCAGGGGCAUUUCGAACACUUUAUGGAGAUCAUGAAAGAUAUGAAACUACAUACUUUAGUGCCUUCCCUGGCUACUACUUCAGCGGAGACGGUUGCAGCAGGGAUAAGGAUGGAUACUACUGGCUUACAGGCAGAGUUGAUGAUGUUAUCAAUGUCAGUGGACAUCGCAUUGGCACUGCUGAAGUGGAAUCUGCAUUAGUUUCACAUCCCCAGUGCACUGAAGCUGCUGUUGUUGGUGUAGAGCAUGAGGUUAAAGGACAGGGCAUAUAUGCAUUUGUUACUCUGGCGGAAGGUGUUUCUUACAGUGAGGAUCUUCGGAGAAGUCUUAUAAUGACUGUGAGAAAGCAGAUUGGAGCAUUUGCAGCACCAGAUGUCAUUCACUGGGCUCCUGGUCUACCAAAGACAAGAAGCGGAAAGAUAAUGAGACGAAUUUUGAGGAAAAUUGCUUCGAGACAAUUAGAUGAGCUUGGUGAUACAAGCACGCUGGCAGAUCCUGGUGUGGUUGAUCAACUUAUUAAGCAUGCUGACAGUUGAUGUUUGAAAUUUUAAGUUGCAAGAAAAUAAGGCUUGUACCACUGAAAAUACCAUUUCAUAUCCUUUUCACAAAUUUACUUUUGCAAUAAUCUUCGAAAGAUACAUUUUCUAUUGCACUCAUGUUGUCAUUGGCCCACCAUUAACUAGUUAAAUAUGCUGAGGUGUUGAAAA